GGAUAGUUUUUUGAGGCAAGGAACGGUGGCGUGAUAAAGAGGAUUGAUUUCCGUUUUGUUCAGCCCGCAGUUGAAAGUCAACCAAGUCUCGUAGCACACACUCACACACUCAGAUCUCUCUUCUCUUUCUGCAAUUCCAUUGUUGUUCUCUUCACUCUCACAAUGCGAAUCCUCGUUGUGCUCUCUCUCGCCACCCUCCUCCUCUUCUCCUCCCUCUCUCUCACCCUCUGCGACGACCUCACCGACGACGAGGACCUCGGCUUCCUCGACGAGCCCUCCGCCGCGCCGGAGCACGGCCACUACCACGACGAUGACGCCAAUUUCGGCGACUUCGAGGAGGACCCGGAGGCGUACAAGCAGCCCGAGGUGGACGAGAAGGACGUCGUCAUUUUGAAGGAGAAGAACUUCACCGACACCGUCAAGAGCAACCGCUUCGUAAUGGUCGAGUUCUACGCGCCCUGGUGCGGCCACUGCCAGGCCCUCGCCCCCGAAUACGCCGCCGCCGCAACGGAGCUCAAGGGCGAAGACGUAAUUUUGGCGAAAGUGGAUGCCACGGAAGAGAAUGAAUUGGCGCAGCAGUAUGAUGUUCAGGGUUUCCCUACUGUCUACUUCUUCGUUGAUGGCAUUCACAAGCCUUAUAAUGGCCAAAGGACCAAAGAUGCUAUAAUGACGUGGAUUAAGAAAAAGAUCGGACCUGGUAUAUACAACUUGACUACAGUGGAGGAUGCUCAACGCAUCUUGACCAACGAAACUAAAGUUGUUUUGGGCUUCCUCAACUCUUUAGUUGGUCCUGAGAGUGAGGAGCUUGCUGCUGCUUCAAGACUUGAGGAUGAUGUCAAUUUUUAUCAAACUGUGGAUCCUGAUGUGGCAAAGCUUUUCCAUAUUGACCCAGAUGUUAAGCGCCCAGCUUUGAUCCUCGUCAAGAAAGAGGAGGAAAAACUUAACCACUUUGAUGGCAAAUUUGAGAAGUCGGAAAUAGCAGACUUUGUCUUCUCCAACAAGCUUCCUUUGGUAACAAUUUUUACAAGAGAAAGUGCCCCAUCCGUCUUCGAAAAUCCAAUCAAGAAACAGUUGUUGCUGUUUGCAACUUCAAAUGAUUCAGAGAAGUUGAUCCCUGCAUUUAAAGAAGCUGCAAAAUCUUUCAAGGGAAAGUUGAUCUUUGUAUAUGUGGAAAUGGAUAACGAAGAUGUUGGAAAGCCUGUUUCAGAAUACUUUGGUAUCAGUGGGAAUGCUCCAAAAGUACUUGGGUACACUGGGAAUGAUGAUGGAAAAAAAUUUGUGCUUGAUGGAGAGGUGACUGCUGACAAAAUUAAGGCAUUUGGGGACGAUUUCCUUGAAGACAAGCUAAAACCUUUUUACAAGUCAGAUCCAGUUCCUGAAAGUAAUGAUGGUGAUGUGAAAAUAGUAGUUGGGAAUAAUUUUGAUGAAAUUGUCUUGGAUGAGUCAAAGGAUGUUCUCCUCGAGAUUUAUGCUCCCUGGUGUGGCCAUUGCCAAGCACUGGAGCCAAUAUACGACAAGCUUGCAAAACAUCUUCGUAAUAUUGAGUCUCUUGUAAUAGCCAAGAUGGAUGGAACAACAAAUGAGCAUCCCAGGGCUAAGCCUGAUGGAUUUCCCACUCUCCUCUUCUUCCCGGCAGGAAACAAGAGUUUUGACCCUAUUACUGUUGAUACAGAUCGUACAGUGGUAGCCUUCUACAAGUUCCUCAAGAAACAUGCAUCAAUCCCAUUCAAGCUCCAGAAACCAACCUCAACUUCUGAUGCCAAGGGGAGCUCUGAUGCCAAAGAGAGCCAGAGUAGUGAUGUGAAGGAUGAAUUAUGAGGAGUUAAGUGAUAUAUUUUUAUUUAUUGAAACUGAUUCAGACAGAUGAUGACAUGGUGACUGAGGGAGAAAAUACCAAGCUGCUUCUCUCCCCUAGCCAAUAAAAACAAACGAGGAGUGGGGGGAAGGAGACAAAUGCGAGGCACAUAUGUAUUACUAUUAACUUAAAUUUUUACAACUGGGCAUUUUAGAAUUUUGGGUUGAGACUUCAAUAAAUUCCCCCUUAAAUUUUACAUUUUUCCUCCGCCCUUGUGUAAUAAUAAACAAAGUUUCAUGUAUA